CACCAACCCCUCCAGGUCGCGUGCACUCCCAACGGCUCGCAGGCCUCCUUCGGACCCUCGACCCGACAGCGCCCCAGCCAGAGCUUGUGCCCAUGCCCCUGUCCCGCAGGGGAAGGGGAUCCCGCCUGGCCGGCUCUCGAGCGGCGACGAGUAGCCUCCCGCGGGCGACAGCCCUCUCCCCAAAGAGUGCCGGCCGUGGGGCCCUAUCGAUAAGCCACGCGCAACUCCUCACCCGGCGGCGCCAUUCCUCCGAGCAGGUCCCGCCGGAGUCCGAGCCGCAGGCUGACUUCCGCUCGGGAAAGUGGCUCCAAGAGCCCGCCACAGGGAACGCCAGGGACUCGCGGCAGGCUCUGCGGGCCAGGAUGAGUUCCGAGCACAGGAUCUGUAGUCAGGAAGAAGUGAUCCCUUAUGCCUAUGAUAAUGAUUCAGAAAGUGUGGAUUUGGAGCUGGGCAACUUAGAGACUAUUAAAAAAGGCUCCAGUAGCAUUGAACUGACAGACUUGGACGUCCCUGACAUCCCUGGACUCCAUUGUGAGCCCCUGGCAGACAGCCCCAGACACCUGACCCAACAGGACCCGGUCAAUGAGGCCAUUGUUGACAAGCUGAUCCAGUCCAUCCAGAGGGGUUUCAGUGGUGAGCUAAAGGGUGAACUUGAAAAGCUGACAUUCCUAGGAUCUCUGUCUUCUCUCAGCCGAGCUUUACCUUAUGAUGAAACCACAGAAUCGUUCAUUCACAGCCAUAUAGCAGACAUUGUGCAUACCUUAAAUGUACUGGUACAAGAGGAGCGCCCGCAUUCUCUGUCCAGUCUCGUGCGCCGGGAGGUCUUUGUCACCAUCGCUGAUCUCAGUUGCCAAGAUGUCCAUUUGCUGUUUGGCUCUGAAGAUCGAGCUGAGUUGUUCAGGCUUGUCAUCAAGAGUAUAAUCACUCUGCCCUCUGUAAGGACUCUCACCUGCAACACAGAGGUAACUCAUGCUUUGCUUUAGCAACUUUCCAUCCAC